AAGGGACAAUGACGCAAGAAGAAGUGCUGCUACCGUCGUAUCGGUCGUUCGAAACCUGCUGCCGGCUGUGUCUGUCGGCGGACGACGAGCUUAGCUGCAGCCUGUACCCACAUCCGGACGGGACGUCCGAUUCCCUACGCACCGAGCGGCUCAUCGAGAUGAUUCUGGAGUGCACCUCAAUUCAGAUAACCUUGGAGGAGGACUACUCGGCGAAGGUCUGCGAAAAGUGUGUCGAAACGGUCGACAAAUUUUAUCAGUACCGGAGGCGCUGUCUCGCCAACGAUCAGAUACUCCGGCACGAACGGCAGCGCACGAGAGGCCAGCGGAAGAACAACAAUAACAAUAACAAUGAGGACGAGAAGGGAAAUGCUGCACUGCCGCCGCUGCCACCGCCAUCCGCAACUCCCGUGCACCGGUCACCUGGCAGUGGCGAGAGCAGUAGUAGUAGUCACCAACAGCCGGUGAUACCGGCGAUUAGGAUUAAGAGUGAACCACUGCCACUGGAUCAGCGGGGUGGUGGUAGCGAUCAGGGUGAGGAGGAUGGGGGUGAACAGAACGAACGGCAUCAUGCUCCAUCGGUGGAAAACGAUGCACCAGCCGGAGAAGGCGGUAUGUCUUCGAUAUUGCGUAGCAUUCUGCUGCAAACGCGCGACUCCACUACGAGCCGAUCCUCCCCGAAUACGGAACCGGAAUCUCCCCGGCAAACGCCACAAUUGCUUCCGAUCCAUCCACCACCACCACCACACUCAGUGCCAAAUAUGGACACCGUUCGGCCGGAAGCCGAACAAGAAGAUGAAGAAGAUAAAGACGUUAAACCCUCGCUUUUGCAGCAAAUGUUGCUGCAGCAACAGUGCGCCUCCGGUUCACCGACCAAUCGUUCACCUGCGAAACCAUCCGAUAGUAAUUCUACUACCACCAACCUCGGUGGACAGGAAGCAUCCCUGCCGGGGAAUGUCUCCACAAACUCGUCUGCCUUUACAUCGUCCCUGCUGAAGCGAAUGUUGCUUGAUGGAAGCGGGACAAUGGCUUCAGGUGCUGUGCAAGAGCAAACAGGUCCAUCGCCACCAACAUUACCACAACAGCUAGCGGUUUCAGUUUCACCAUUAGAAGGGACGAGUUGUCUGCAGCAACAGCAACAGGCGUCCCAUCGCACCAAACACGAACCUCCGAGUGCCACCAACACACCAUCGCCACCCGCGUCCUUACACCGAGCGAAAGAAGACGUGCCUUCGAACGAAACGCCCCUCGCAUCACAGCUCCGCUCGAUACUGCUUCAGCAUCGAGCUACCACGUGGGCCCGUACUGGCUCUAUGUCUCCGGAUGUUUCCCCGGAACUUCCGCAGCAACAUCAGCCCGCAUCCGAUGACCAAAAGCCAUCACCGCCACAAGCAUCCAAUAUGGAAAAACCGGAAGUGUCCUACGUGAGGAGUUUGUUCCUUCGCAACGAUUCCGAUUCGGAGAGCGAACCGCCGCCGGUUGAUGAUCAGCGGGAGAUGCUACUGUACGCCAUGUUUCAGGAACUUCGGGCACGCCAACAGCAGCAGCAGCAACAACAUCAUGAACAGACCGGCUUCUCGUCUGAUUCGGAUGACGAUUCUGACGAAUUGCCUCAAGACUAUCGAAUGCCGAGCGUACGAAGGCGAAGCACGGAUUCGGUCGACUCGCGUACCAGCAAACGAAGGCGGAUGGAAUAUCCCUGUCUGCUGUGUGGACGAACGUUUGCCGGUCGGACGAAACUUGUCCUACACAUGCGAACGCAUAUGAUGCUGGAGGGUGGUGCGACUACGGCGACGAUGACGUCUUCGGAUGGUGCUACAACAGGAUCCGAUUUGCAUGCAUCCGCUUCAACUGUGCCACCUGGCAUUGUUUCCGGUCUGCUUCUACCGAACGGUGCUAGCGAUGUAGAAGAUGUAGCCACACUGGUUGCGAGCCGUCUAGCGGCCUCCAACCAUCAACAUCAUCAUCAUCGAAACGAUGAUGCGUUCCCGGAAGGUGUCGGUAAUGAGGACGAAAUAGACGCACUGGAACGGCGCUCGUACGCGUGCUACAUCUGCGGUGCGGAUCAGAACAAUUUGCACCAACUGAAGGAACAUUUGCUCGCCGCACAUCAGGAUCGGAUACGAUCGCGUGGUCGUACGCGUGAACGGCAAAAGGCUUUGAUUGCGUGCGAUAUCUGCCACAGGCAGUUUCGCAGCCAGUCUGCGUACGGCGAACACAUGCGUACGCACACCGGUGAGCGGCCGUUUCCGUGCGAUCAGUGUGAUAAACGGUUUCCCCGGCGGUUCCAGCUGCUCGGCCAUCUGUACAACGUGCACAAGCAGUCUUGGGUGGCGGACGAGUCAAAAGCCAAGUUUGCGAAAAAGUAGGUGUGGUAGGGCUGC